UAUCAAUAAUGGUAUUUAGUUAUAAUUUUCAGUUCAUUAAAAUUAUCUAUGUAAUUAUUUUUGUGAAACAUAUGAUAUUAGAUGAUGAUUUUAUGUUUUAAAAAAUAUUUUAUUAUUAAUCAUUUGAUAAACAUUCAUAAUAAAAUAUUAUUAUGUUAUAUAAAAGAAUGUCUAAAUUUUUACCUUUUAAAAUUGUUUUGUGAAGUUGUGUUUUAUAUACAUAAGUAAAUAUAUCUUAAAAAAAUUUCUAGAUAUUUUAUUUUAAUGUUUUUGGGAAAAGAUAAAAGGUAAUAAAAUUUAAACUCGUUUAUAUAUAAAAACUAGAGUAAUUAUAUUUGAUAUACACGAUAAAAAAAUUAUUUAGGUGAUCGAUUUCGUACUGUUUCAUUUUCCUUAUAUCCCAAAAGUAACCCUAUAAAAUAGAUCGUCCAAAUAUGACUUCUCUAUACUACAAAAACACUAUUUUACGUAGCUGUCAUAUACAUCACAUCUCUCUGUCCACCUGUCUCUCCCUCUCCAUGCAUUUUUCUCUCCAUCUCUCCUUAUCCUGAUUUUUUUUUAAAAUUCACUUUCAUUUUUAUCAGAUCCCACAUACUAUUAAUAAAAAACUUUUAAAAUUGUUCACUUCUUAGAAUAAAUGUAUGAACAUGUCCAUUCAUUAUUAAAACAAUAAUUAAUAAAAUUUGUUAAGUUAUAUUUUAUUUAUGAAAAAAUAAUAUUAAUUGUCAAAAAAAUAAAAAAAUGUUGUUAAAUACCGUUUGUUAAACCAUAAAUCUUAAACUUUAUAUCUUAAAUCUUAAGAUUCACCCCUGAGAAUUUAUAGAUUAGAGUUUAGGAUUUAAAGAUCAACUUCUAAAGUUUAAGGUUUGCAGCUUAGGGCUUAUGAUUUUGCUAACAAUGUGUAGGGGUUUGCUAACUCUGUUAUCAAUGUCAUUUUUUUUCCUUGCUUAGGCAAUUAAUUUUAAUUAAUUUUUAUUUUUUAUAAACAAAAUAAGACUUGACAAUUUUUAUUGACUAUUAUUUUAAUGGUGUAUGCACUCGUUUAUUUCAGGCUGUACUUGUGCGUUCAUUAUUAAAAUGAUAAUCAAUAAAAAUUUGCUAAGUCAUAGAUAUUUCAUAAUUUCACAAAUGUGUAAUAUGAUAUUUAUUUUGUUUCAUUUUAUUUGGGUUUAAGAUUUAUAUUUGGAUUUAGGGUUUAGUGAUUAGAAUUUAGGAUUCAGUAUUUAGAAGGUAGAAUGAAAUUAGGAUGAACAUUAGAUUUUGAUAUUUGAGUUUAGGGUUUAUUUUUAAAUUUAGGGUUUAAUUUUUGGUUUAGGAUUUAGUGAUUAGAGUUUAUGAUUUAGUAUUUAGAGAGUGAAAGUGAAAUUAGGAUCAACUUUAAAUUUUAAUAUUUGGGUUUAGGAUUUAAUUUUUGGUUUAAAAUUUAGUGAUUAGAGUCUACUGAUUAGUAUUAAAUCUGCAAGAUACAUGUUCAUUUAAUGAUUGAUGUAUAUAUGAUAGCAUAGUUAGCAUCACAUUUGAUUUUACUGACACCAAACCUGCCCUCCUUCAUCCAGAGACCAAAAAAAAACUCUGCAGUAAACCAACCACCUCUUCACGCGCCAUCCUGAUUUCAUCGACCACUACAUUAGGGCUAUUAAGGUAAAAAUCCACUAUCAUGAUUUUCAUAUAUUUAAUUAAGUCACAUCAUUGCAUACUUACCUAAUUAAAUUCUUAUCUAUGUAUAUUCACCUAAAUAACUCUAAAAACUAUAAUUUUAUAUUUUAUAAAUAUUACUUUUUCUUAUUUAUGUGCUUUUGAAAAAAAUGAAAAUUUAGUUAAUUGUUUUUAAUUUAAUUAAAAAAAAGAAAUAAAAAUAGUUGUUAUUAAUAGAAAUCGUAAAUAAUUUUUUUAGUUUAUUAAAAGUAAUUAUGUAAUUAACUAUUUUGAGAAUUAACGUGAAUGCGACACAUAGAAAAAUAACUUUUCAAAUAAUAUUAUAAAGAUUUACCUGUUUGGUAAAAUUAUUAAUCAUAAUUUUAUAUAUAUAUAUAUAUUUUUUUGGACAACUCUCUAAUAUAUUAUAUUGAUUAAUAAAAAGUAGACAAAAGAUUGGAAAAAUAAACAGACUAUAAUAUGUUUCCUCAACAGUCCCAAAUUUUUCUGGCCCAUUGGUAUCAACUCAUUAUGGGCCUGGUCAGAUAGAAUGGUGCACAGGCCCAUUACUGAUCCAUCCGAGUUACUAGAGAAUUUCUAGCUGCCGAGAGGUGCUCGCUCCUCCACGCCGGAGUCGUUGUUAACCGGCAAACACACUUCCUCUCUCUCUAAAAGAUGUCGUUUUUCCGACUCUCCCGUGUUUCACGGCGGUUGUUGAAACCAUCCGUGUCGGCAACUCCAUCUUCAAGUUCUGUUUUCCACUCUCAACAACAAAAUAUAUACUUGUCACAACCCGUUACUACUACUACUACACGGCAUUGCAUCAACCCUUUGCUUAAGUAUCCUCUAUGGAGUCGUGACCACGAAGUGUGGAGUAAAGGGAGGGACUUUCAUCAUGAGAAGCUUCUUGGCGUUGGCUGGAACUAUAGAUUAGUAGCUGGAAUGUCUUCGGUUGUGGAGGGGAAUCCUAAGAAAGACGACAAGGAGGAGAAGAGUGGUGGUGUUGGUGGUGUUAAGGAAGCUUCUAAUUGGGUUGAUUUGUAUUUGCCUGAGGGAGCUAGAGGUUAUGCUAAGCUUGCUCGUUUGGAUAAACCCAUUGGGACUUGGUUGCUUGCUUGGCCUUGUAUGUGGUCAAUUGCGUUGGCUGCUGAUCCUGGAAGCCUUCCGAGUUUUAAAAUGAUGAGUUUAUUCGGUUGCGGUGCAUUACUUCUUAGAGGUGCUGGUUGUACUAUAAAUGAUCUGCUUGACCGGGACAUUGAUACAAAGGUUGAUCGAACAAGAUUAAGACCUAUUGCAAGUGGUCUUUUGACACCAUUUCAAGGGCUUCAGUUUCUUGGGCUACAGUUGCUUUUAGGUUUAGGGAUUCUUCUCCAACUUAACAAUUACAGCCGUGUUUUAGGGGCUUCAUCUUUGUUACUUGUCUUCUCCUACCCACUUAUGAAGAGGUUUACAUUUUGGCCUCAAGCAUUCUUAGGUUUGACCAUAAACUGGGGAGCAUUGUUAGGAUGGGCUGCAGUUAAAGGAAGCUUAGAACCAGCUGUUGUUCUCCCUCUUUAUCUCUCAGGAGUCUGCUGGACCCUUGUGUAUGAUACUAUCUAUGCACAUCAGGACAAAGAAGAUGAUGUGAAGGUUGGUGUGAAGUCAACAGCUCUUAGAUUCGGUGAUAAUACAAAGCUUUGGCUUACUGGAUUUGGCACAGCAUCCAUGGGUUUGCUUACACUUUCUGGACUCAGUGCAGAUCUCGGGUGGCAAUAUUACGCAUCACUGGUCGCUGCAUCAGGACACUUAGGAUGGCAAAUAGGGACAGCUGACUUGUCAUCUCGCACUGACUGCAGUAAAAAGUUUGUGUCGAACAAGUGGUUUGGUGCUAUUAUAUUCAGUGGGGUUGUACUCGGAAGAACUUUUCAGUAGAGAUCUAUCUGUUAGUGAAAUAGAGGACAUGGCCACCCUCAGGCUCCAAAAGCUAAAGGCGCGUUUUUUUCCAAAACAUGGAAGAAGCCUUUGUCAGAUAAGCGUUGACAGAGUAACCCUCUGGACUGGACUCUUCUCAUUAGUUUCUGGUUCUGUUAAUAGGAACUGGGAUUCAUGUCUUUGUUUACAAGGAUGUUUGUUUAUCCAUACUCAUUCAAAGUGUUGACACUUGACAGAGUAAACCUCUGGACAGAAUAGAGUCUUGCUUUAAAAUAGUUGUAUCAAUUAUUUGAAAGUUACAUGAUUAUUUACCCCUAUUGGUUGUAUAAAUUUAAUUUCAAUCUCAAA